AGGCGGUGGCAGGAAUGGGGUCGGCGCCUGUGGAAUCCGGCGACGGUCGGCCGUGUAUUUCUGGGAGCUUAGUGUUAAUUAUUGUCGUUGAACUCAAACUAUCUCCCCUUCUUCUUUCUCCGGGCUCCCCGAAAAAAAAAAUUAUUGAAUUUCAAAACAGAAGACACAAAGGGGUCUCUACACUUUGUUCAUUUCUUCCCUUUUCUUCACUCUUCAAACACCCUCUCCCUCUCUCCAAUUACCUGGUUCCCGCCGCUAGCCAGAGAAAUCUUGUUACUCCGUACCUGUUUUGUGCUUCGCCUCCACGGAGAACCGCCGUUAACCUCAUCCACGCCCGUUUCUUCUGCAACAACAUCUCGGUCCCGGUAAAACCGCUUUGAAUCGACGUUCUUCCACCUUCUUCCUCCUCUUUUACCAAAGUGCUCUCGCUGCGCCUUGAGCUAGCGGAGCUCCAUGGCGGCCACCGAUCAGAUCCCCGGGCAGGAAUAUGACUAUGAAGCCCUUCCGUCAAACUAUGGCCUCGGCCACAAUAUGCUUGCCGGUGCUUUUGCAGGGAUAGCGGAGCAUUCGGUUAUGUACCCCGUUGACUUGCUCAAGACCCGCAUGCAAAUCUUGAAUCCCUCCACGGGUGGCCUCUACACCGGUUUGACCAACGCGGUUUCGACGAUUUAUCGGAUUGAGGGCUGGCGGACACUAUGGAAGGGUGUGUCGAGUGUGAUCGUUGGUGCUGGUCCUGCACACGCGGUGUACUUUGGCACAUACGAAAUUGUGAAGGAAAUGGCCGGUGGAAAUGUGGAUGACGGGCAUCAUCCUCUGGCAGCUGCUAUGAGCGGAGCUUCUGCGACAAUUGCCAGCGACGCGCUGAUGAAUCCCUUUGAUGUCAUCAAGCAACGCAUGCAAGUCCACGGAUCCGUUCACAAGAGCCUGAUGCAAUGCGCCAAAACCGUCUACCGCACCGAGGGUCUCCAGGCCUUCUAUCUCUCCUACCCUACCACCCUUUGCAUGACCGUGCCUUUUACCGCCACCCAAUUUGUCGCAUAUGAAUCUAUUUCCAAGGUCAUGAACCCCACGGGCGAUUACGACCCUUUCACCCACUGCAUGGCCGGUGGUCUCGCUGGUGCCUUUGCCGCUGGUAUCACUACUCCCCUCGAUGUGGUGAAGACUCUCCUCCAGACCCGUGGUCUCGCAGAGAGUGAGGAGAUCCGCUCCGUCCGAGGUCUCUUCAAUGCCGCAGCCAUCAUCAAGCGCCAGUUUGGCUGGGCCGGUUUCCUGCGUGGUAUGCGGCCGCGUAUCAUUUCGACCAUGCCCAGCACAGCUAUUUGCUGGACAUCUUAUGAGAUGGCCAAGGCCUACUUCAAGAGCCUCUCCGAGUAAAUAUAUCCCAUCGGAGACUCCCCCACCCUCCUCGAACCCCUAUUUGCCGACUUGAAUCCCAUCUAUCGACCCGAUCUCGCCCAUUUUUUUCUCACCUUCGUGCAAUAUCUCCUGAUGUGUGAACAUCACAUAAUACUUUCUUCCCGAUUUUCUGAAGGCGAUAUGGACUUCUUCUGCAUCCUUUCUGUCUGAGUGUUGGAAGAUACGGGCAGUGCCCAGUUAGUCCAACGCGAUGCAGUUGUGCAUCUGGAGCUGGAGCAAACGGACUAGGUCUCCUUGUUUCUGCCAAUUUGGACCAUUUUCUCUUUUUCACCAAUACAAAAAAGCGAUGCGGGUAAUGUACAGUUUGGAGAACGGGAUGGAAUCGAUGCAAACCGGCCGGAGAUCGACCUUGUCAUACCUUCUUCUCUUUCAUCCUCUCCUUCUCGACGGUCUCCCUCCGUCCGAUGUGUCCUAUCUCGUUACCGGCGUUGGAACGUGGAAACCUCGGGAUUUUUUUUAUUAUUUCAUUAUGCGCGGGCUGGGCUUUCACCCUUUUUGCAUCGAUAUACGUUUUUAUUGUCUUGAUGGUUUUGUUUCAUUUGCCUUCUGCACGUACCGAUAGACGUCUGCCACGAGGAAUCUAGAUGUGAUAUCCGAAAGGGGUUUUUUUUCAAUGAAGUAAGAAGAUAUCUUACCGGCUCUAAAUGUGCAAAUGUGUAGCUUGCGCUUUCGGUCUUAUAACGGGGUUGAG